AUGAAUUCAUGAUAGUUAUAGUUACAGUAGACAAUGCAGUAGUAAAGCAACUACAGUAUUUGCCUUUUUCUACCUCCAGAAAAUGGAGCUCUAAACCCAUUUGCUCUCUCCUCCCUUUUUCCCACUUUCUCUCUCCAUAUCAUCAUCCCCUAAUCACCCUCCUCUCUUCAAAAUAUCACAACUAAGUAAAUAUGCUGCUGACACUCUAUUCCACCACCACAUUUACUCUGUUUUUUCUACUCCUCCUCCACUCCCCCUCCCUUUCCGCCACCCACACCCGCCGUAUCCUCCACCAUCCAUUCUUCCCUUCCUCCUCCCCUCUUUCCCCAACUCAAUCCCCUUCUCCUUCUCCUUCCUCACCCCAUCACCAACCCAAACAUCCCUUUUCCACUACUCUACCUUCCCCUACCACCACCCCAACACCAACAACUCCCACUUUCCCCGGCAACGACAACCCCUUUUUCCCUAUUUACCCUUCUCCUCCGCCACCACUUCCUCCGCCUGCAACCACCUCUAUCCCCACCUUCCCUGCCAACAUCUCCUCCCUCGCUCUCCCUUCCUCCUCCACUUCCCCUUCUUCUCACUCCCAUGUUUCCUCCAAACUUACUAUCAUCCUCGUCUUACUCUCUCUCCUCACUCUUUCUCUCAUCGUCUCUCUCACUUUACUCCUCCACCGCCGCCGUAGCCGUCACCACAACUCUAAAUCCCUCCACAAUUUACCCCCCCUCUCUCCUCCCCCUCCGCCACUACCUCCUUCAAAAACCCCCACCACCCACACUCACACUAGCUCUGACUUCCUCUACGUCGGCAACACUGUAACUAACUCCCGCGACUUCCAGCCGCCGCCGUCAUCCACCAUUGAAAUUCCUUCAACUAGCUCCGAAAUCUACCUUAAGCUCUGUGGGGACUCCCCUGAGCUCCGCCCCCUUCCCCCUCUCCCCAGAAUACACUCCCACUCCUAUGUCAGCUUUGAGCAGACCUUUGUUAAAGAUGAUAAACACGAACACGAAGACGACGAACAAAGACAACGAAACCAACAUCAAAUGGAGAUGAAACAACAACAAGAGGACGACGAAUUCUUCUCCCCCAGAAGCUCUACUCGUAGAGUUGUGUUCUUUGAUGACAAUUACGGCUUGAAUUCCUCCCCAGCGCGCAGUUUUACCGACUCUUUAGCCUCGGAUUCUGACGUUUCCGUCGAAAUCCAAACGCUAGCAGCGAGAACUUCUCAUUUUCCGGUGCCUGGAAAAAUGGGUCACUCGCUCCAACCGCCUCCCCCACCUCCACCGCCAGCGAUGGGACCUCCAGGUCCUCCACCGCUGGUGCCGCCUUCUGGACCGGUGGUGUUUAAGUAUAGUGGGAAUUUAGGAGAGAGAAAAAGCGGAGAGAGAAAGAGUGGGGAGAGAAAAGAAGAAAUUGGGAAGCCUAAAUUGAAGGCAUUGCAUUGGGAUAAAGUUAGGACUAGUUCUGAUCGAGCUAUGGUGUGGGAUCAAUUUAAGCAAGGCUCUUUUCAAUUGAAUGAAGAAAUGAUAGAGACAUUGUUUACGGCGAAAGAUGGACCUCGUAGAUCAAUACCCCCAUUGAUGGAUGAAGAGUAUCGUGUACUUGAUCCUAAGAAAUCUCAGAACAUAGCCAUUUUGUUGAAGGCUCUCAAUGUGACAGAAAAGGAGGUUUGUGAAGCACUUUUGGAAGGUAAUGCAGAUGGCCUUGGGACAGAGCUUCUGGAGAGUUUACUAAAGAUGGCUCCUACCCGUGAGGAAGAAAGGAAACUCAGGGAAUACAGCGAUGAAUCACCUUUGAAGCUUGGUCCGGCAGAGAAGUUCCUCAAGGCAGUAUUUGAUCAUGUACCUUCAGCAUUUAAGAGAAUUGAUGCUAUGCUUUACAUUGCUACUUUUGAUUCUGAAAUUGAGUAUCUUAGGAAGUCUUUUGAAACAUUGGAGGCAGCAUGUGCUGAACUUAGAAACAGCCGAAUGUUCUUUAAACUUCUAGAAGCAGUCCUGAAGACGGGAAACCGAAUGAAUAUUGGGACGUAUCGUGGUGAUGCGCAGGGAAUUAAGCUCGACACACUCCUCAAGCUCAUCGAUGUCAAGGGAACUGAUGGGAAAACCACCCUUUUGCACUUUGUUGUGCAGGAGAUCAUUAAAUCUGAGGGAUCUCGUAUUUCCGAGAGACCAAAUGACCAACCAUCUUUACAUUUACACAAUGAAAUUGAUUUGAGAAAGAGAGGGUUAGAUGUUGUUUCUAGCUUAGGAGGGGAGUUAACCAAUGUGAAAAAAGCAGCUCAUAUGGAUUCAAGUUCCCUUAGUAUGGAUGUUGCAAAGCUAACUCGAGGAAUUAUCAGAGUAAACGAAGUUCUGCAGCUAAAUGAAACUUCUGGGAAUCAGAAGAGGUUCUCGGAGUCUAUGAUGGGCUUCUUAAAGAAUGCUGAGGUGGAAAUUGUAAGGAUUCAAGCCCAGGAGAGUUGUGCUCUAUCCAGAGUGAAAGAGUUAACUGAAUAUUUCCAUGGUAAGGCUGGGGAAGAAGCUUAUCCAUUGAGGAUUUUUACAGUAGUAAGGGAUUUUCUUGGUGUUCUUGAUCAAGUAUGUAAGGAAGUUGGAAAAAUAAAUGAGAGGACGAUUAUAAGCUCCGUUCGUCCUUUUUCAGUAUCAGUAAAUCCAUCAACGCCACCGCCUUUUCCGGAGUUCAGCAUGACGCAUGGAGAUAGCUCCUCCGACGGUGAAAGCAUCACUGAGAAGUGAGUAGUUCUUUCAUUGACAGAUUGUGUUGAUUCUUUUUGCUAUAUAUCUUCAUCACUAAUGAGUAAUGAGGAUGUCACAUCUGUAUGCAAUUAUAUAUAUUAUCUAUAGUAUUUAAUGUACAAAUAUCCUUGCAGAAGGCUCUGGUAUUAGAUUAUGUCAGUCUUUGAUUGCUGAAACUUCUGUAUGUGGUUUUGCACAUUUUGUAAAAAAAUUAGUAUAGCUUGAUUGAUGCAA